AUGGAACAUAUUGAUGAGGAGAUAAAAGUUAUUUCCAUUUCCCUGGAUAUAAAAGGCUCAAUAAGGGUUCAUAUACAUCAUGGCAGUCUGUCAAAACUAAUAAUCUACAGACUUUUAUUUGCUCUCAAGAUGUCUGAGGCAGCUGGUCGUGCAGAAGCGGAAUCUGAUAAGAAUAAAUGCAGGUGGAGCUUUAAACCAAGGGAAUUGCACAUCACAUGGAGUGAGAACCCAAGUAAUUGGAAGAUGCCUGAGAAAGAGAAUGAUCCUGCGGAGUUGCAGAACGUAUGUUGGCUUGAAAUAAACAGCUCAACGCCCGAACCCCUAUCCAAAGGGAAGAGGUAUGCACUGAGCUUCAAAAUAUCUUUGUCGGAACAGAAUUUUGGUUGGGAUGCAGUUCCUGCAGUUUACAUGCUGGCUAAGGUAGGGAAGAAAGGAAGGGCCAACUGGGCAAAAAUCAAUAUAGCAGAUAUGAAAGUAGGCAACGAAAUGGAAGUUCCUUACGGCAAGCUUCAAUUUGAAGUUCCGAAAUAUGCUGAAGAUACCACACUCCAUUUUGGAUUAUACGAAUUGUGGAGUGGAGGAUGGAAGGGAGGCUUAAGAAUUCACGAGGCUGUAGUUGAAAAGAUGCCUAGUCAAAUCAAUCAGUCUUCCCCGAGCAUGCGGUAG